CUUCGAGAAAACAUCACCAAGGAGGAAUAUCCGGCAUUAAAACCAUGGCUCCACGACCUCGCAGCGCCCAAACUCUGGACGACAGACGUUCCCGAGGUACUCGAUCCUACCGCUGCCGAGUCUGUCGGGGAAUCCAUCCGCUACGGAAAUGCAACAGGUUUCUGAGGCUCAGUACUGAGAAGCGGCUACGCGCCGUUAUCAUUAACAAAUACUGCGCUAAUUGUCUGGCACAUCAGCACUCCGAAGAAGUAUGUCGCAGCGGAGACAGGUGCAAAAAAUGUGGGCAGGACCACCACACGUUGCUCCAUAUGCGCGAGUCUUCCACUUCGCGACGCCAGUCAAUUUCUCCAGUGCGACCUUCGGUAACUGCAUCACGACCAUCAGCUUCCGGCUCACGCUCUCGGGGUCCAACACCCAGCUCGCGGAAUCGUUCCCGGCAUUCCGACCAGGCCGAAGCGCCAACUGCAGCUCCAUCUGUGGCGUCUCUGUUGCAGCAUCGGAGUGUGCAAAUCAUCCCGACGGCCAUCGUGGUUCUCGACACAGGAACCAAUAAAUACGAGACGGGUGCCCUGAUCGACCCGCGCUCCCCGGUGAGCACCAUUGAUAGAUCGCUCGCUGCGGCGUUCCGGCUCCCCACGACAAGCGUCGGAGACGAGACGGUCUGUUCGGCGACGAUAAGGUCACGAACAGGCACCUUCAAAAUCGACGUGGUGCUCAAGGUCAGCCCCAACUUCUCCAUUCGCACUCCAAUCCGUGCACUAACCGACGAUGUUCGCGCUAGGUUUAAUGAUAUCCGUCUUGCUGAUGAACAGUUUCAUCGCCCGGCGACGAUAUCCCUGGUGUUGGGCUCUGACGUCUAUCGUGAUGUCAUCCAACCCGGGUUCCCAAAUCUGGAUGAGGGACAGCCUGUCGCACAAAGCACUGUGUUCGGCUGGAUUGUCUCGGGAUCAUGUAGACAAUCUUAAGGCGCCAGACGUGUGGAAAACCUGGUUGCUACGUUUGUCGUCGCAAGGGGGGGAGAAUGUCCGCGCCAAGGAUGGGCCACUGUCAAUAUUAUUCGUUAACAGUCGAGAGCAGUUAUGUCCAGAUGAACUCUCAUCUCGCUCUCGGUCUGUUAACAGUCUCCACCCCCGCUCUCCUAGCAUUAGAUUUAAGUAGAGUUAAAGAGUUCUAAUUUCGAAGCCACAAAGUGAAGUUGUGCAAGUUAAGUGAAAUAAGUUAUAUGAAAUAAAAAUCACAUUUAC